ACACAAAGCCGACCGAGGCAUUUGUGAAGUUGGUCUUGAAUUAGAAAGACGCGUUUUCUCUGCACCUCCGACUGUGAGAGAUUUUGCUUCAGAAUUUUUCCCUGCAUUUUAUAUCUACAACAACAUCCCCGUAACAUUUUUCACGGCUUCUUUUUGUGCCGAAAAAAGGAUUUUUUUAAUUUGGAUUUAACCGAAGAAAAAAAAACGAGAAAAUCCAAAUUUAAAUUUUUUUCUGUGAAGCCCGCGUUUUCUGUGCAAGAAGAAAAAUCCGCGGCAAAUUUGCGCGGUGAAGAAGGGAAAGAGGAAUUAAUUUUUGCGUGGAUUUAUCCGGCUGUUUUGGGGACAAAAAGGAGUUUUUAGGGUGUGUGCAUCAUAAUUGAAAUUUCGGGAGAGUUCUGUGUGCGCCCGCCAUAUUGGUUGCUUUGGAGAGUUUUUAGGGGCGAGUAUUUCUGUCGGUGUGUGCGCGGAUUUGCUGUUUGUGCCGAAUAGUCGAGAACGACGCCACCGGUUUUUCAAUCAACGCGUCGUGCUGAGAGAGAGUGCUUUUUGUAAUUCCCAGUUGAGGAGAGAGACGCUGCUGUGUGGAUUAUUGUAGAAAAUUGAAGAAGAAAAAUUUGAACAAGAAGUGAUUUGUGGGAAGAAAAUUAAGAUGGCAACAGAAGUUGAUAACAAGCAGAACCCAGUUGUGGAGGAGACAGCACCAGCGGAGAAGAAGGACGAUACCCCAGCCACGGCGGCGGCUGAGGAACAGAAGAGCACCGAGGGCGGUGGCCAGAAUAAUGCCGACAAUCAUACGGAGGCUGCUGCCGCAAAGCCCGAACCACCGGUCAAAUAUAACGUCCAUAAGACCAAUUUCGAUAAGGAUGUGGUGUAUCUGUACCAAUUCUCCAGGACACCAUUGCUGCCAUCAUUGUCCCCGUAUUGCCUCAAAGUUGAGACAUGGCUGCGUCUGGCUGGGCUCAAAUACGAGAAUGUGGAUCACAAGACAAAGUUCCGCUCCAAGAAGGGACUCCUUCCGUUUAUCGAGCUAAACGGUGAAGAGAUCGCCGAUUCAGCCAUCAUUAUUAAGGAGCUUACACAGAAGUUCAAUCAGGACAUCGAUGCUGGGCUGACGCAGGAGCAGAAGAACAUUGCUCAUGCUACAAUUUCAAUGAUUGAAAAUCACCUCGUAUGGGUUAUCUUCUGGUGGCGAACCAAGUUCCCCGAGCUCGUACUCAAGGGCUACAAAGUUAAUCUGCAACACGCCCUGGGGACGCGUGUACCCAAUGCCAUUCUCAGCUUCUUCUUCAAGUUCUCCUACGGACGCAAGGUUUGUGUGAUGUUGCUCUUACUUUUUUAUUUUUAGAUUAUUUUUUACCCUUUAAGCAUCAUCCCCACUAACCUCUGCCCCCGUGCGUGCACAUGCAAAUUGAAAAAAAAAAAAAGAAAAAUGACCAAAGCAAUUCAAUUUACUCCCGAAAUAAACUAUUUGCCACCAUAUAUUGGAGCUCUCAAUGGCUAAUAGAUAGACGAGGAAGGAGAAAUUGGGAAACAAAUGAAUUAAUUUUGGAUUUAUCGCACAUCCAAAUUGGAAAAGGGGCGCCGGAUAAAAUAUAUUUCCAUUCAUUUAAUACAUUUUCACGCUCAAUUAAUUGUGGCGCUUGCAAAAGUGCGGUAUUUCCAUCGCGGGCUUGUUCAACUCCUUCUCAAUUUACAUUGGAUGUUGCUUUUUUUUUUUUCGUUGCUCAUUUUUUCCCCUCUUCACAUUAAUUUUCUCAUAUUGUUUACGAGCAAAGAAAAUUUUGUAAGCGAGAGAAAUUCCUCAUUUUGAGCGCAAACACGAGAAGAAGAAAAAAAGUGUUGUUUUUGAACUUGAAAUGAAUCUCAGUCGUGGAUAAGGUUAGAUAGUUUGGAGAACAUUGUGAUUCUCAGGGGGUGUCAUUGGUGACUGCGAGAAAAAUGGUUGGGUUGUGGGUAAGAAGAGAUAAAACGUGAAAUGAUAAAGUUGUUAUGACAUAAUCUGUUAAUUUUAAUUUUUAAGAUUUUUUUUAAUCAACUCUCGUGCAAUUUUCAAGAAGGAGAGUUCUUGACAUUGAAACAUUCUAGUUGAUCUACAUGUGAAACAUUUAUUUUCUCGACUUUAAGUAAAUUUAAUAUUUUUUAUGAGUUGGAAAUAUGUUAAAUUUGCGUAAAAUGUGCCAAAGAAAACGUUUUAAUUGAAAAUUCUUUUAAAAUAAAUCUUCUACGAGCAUCCACAAAUUAAAUAAUUGGAUGAAAAAAACCGCAUUUAUCGAUAUUUCUCUAUGUUACUACUUUUGCAUCUUAAAUUAAAUAUGAAAACAUUGAAACAUGCGUCCGUUUUAUCACGAUUUUUAUUCUAUGGAGGCCUUGAUAGGGCAUUUCUUAGUGAAAACGUCUACUUCGACCUCAUUUACGUUAAUUAAACGCAUUUCUACAUAAAAAUGAAAACAAUUAAAUUAAUUAAAAAUCGGCAAAAUCUAAUGUUUCACGUUUGGGUGACGUGCUAGCUAUGACCCUAGGAACGCGAAAGGGUUAACGUGGACACG